AUGGCAACGUUGAUCGCUCUUCUACCCCUCCUGAAUUUUUUCGAUCCACGAACCAGUUAAAAUGCGCGUUGCCUCGCGGAUUUCGUAUAACUGUCAGUAACGGUGAAAAUAACGUGAAUUAUUAAUCGAUCGUGAUGGACACAAAGAAGCUACAGCAGUUUAUGGAGCUGGUAGGCCGGUUGAAACAUAUGAAAAGAACAGGAUGGGUGAAGCGAGAUGUACCUGAUUCUGAAACAAUUGCUGGACACAUGUAUCGAAUGGCAAUGCUAUCAUUCCUAGUGGAUGGAAAAGAAAAUUUAGAUAAAACCAAAAUAAUGCAAAUGACAUUAAUUCAUGAUUUAGCCGAAUGUAUCGUGGGAGAUAUAACUCCUUACUGUGGUAUUCCACCAGAUGAGAAACACAGAUUGGAAGAUGAAGCUAUGGAAGACAUUUGUAAAUUGCUAGAUGAUAAAGGACCUGAAAUAUUGCAAAUAUUUCGUGAAUAUGAGAAGCAAGAAACCCCGGAAGCACAGUAUGUGAAAGAUUUAGAUAGAUUGGACUUGAUGAUGCAAGCGUUCGAGUAUGAGAAGAGAGACAAUAUCUUGGGGAAAUUGGAAGAAUUCUUUGUCGCGACAAAUGGAAAGAUUAAACAUCCCUUUAUCAAUAAACUUGCAAGUGAUAUAGCCUCCGAGAGAAAAGCUUUGCUGAGUGAUUCAGACAUUGCGAAAUAACAAAGGUGCUGCUUUAGGCGAAAAUCUGGAAGGCGAAAAUCUGGAAGAGCAAGUUUCCAAAUAACUUAAAUGAUAUUUUGAACAUUAAGUUGGAGCAUGCAGUAUUAUUCCAGAACAACUAUGACGGCGGUUAUAUUAAAUAUAUUUCUAGUAAAAGAAAUUUGUGCAUUGCGGUCUCGCGAUUUAACAAUUAUUUCUUUGAUUGCUGAAGUUAUUUGAACAGUUCGCACGCGUGUUGCACAGUAGAUUUUAUCUAAAGUAAUAUUUAUUUAUGUAUUUUCUUAUAUAUAUAUUUUACAUUUUGACAUCA